AUGGCAGGGGUGAAUGGAGACCGUAAAGGGAAAAAAGAUGACAAUGGGAUUGGCACAGCUAUUGAUUUCAUGCUGUCCAAUGCCAAGCUGGUGCUUGGAGUGGGAGGCGCAGCCAUGCUUGGCAUUGCAACACUAGCUGUCAAAAGAAUGUAUGACCGUGCCAUAAGCGCCCCUACCAGCCCCACCAAGAUUGAGCAGACAGGGAAGAGAAGCUGGGAGGAACCUAAUUGGAUGGGCUCUUCACCACGGGUACUGAACCAUGACAUGAAGGCCACAGUCAGCAGGUCCCUCCAGUCUCUGCCCACCUCUUCACACUCCUUUGAACCAGACUAUAUGCGGCGGGCUGUAGGCCGAGCUGGCGCAGGAGGAAGCAGUGCCAGCAAAACCGACUUGCUGCGAGCUCGGAUGCGUCUUUCCUUGCAGGAGCAUCUGUGGCAGUUCUACCUGGAGAGCGUAAACAUUCCAACUGAGGAGCAGGCCACGGCCAGGAGGGCUGCCUUGGACAUUUGCGCUGAGCUUAGGGUCUUCUUACAUGCCAAACUGCCGGACAUGCCCCUCAGAGAAAUGUACCUGAGCGGCAGUCUGUAUGAUGACCUGCAGGUGGUAACAGCAGACCACGCCCAGCUGAUGGUGCCAAUGAUCCUAGAAAAAAACUUGUGGUCUUCCAUCCCAGGGGAGGACACCAUCAUGAACGUCCCAGGUUUCUGGCUCAUCCGCAGGGAGAACCUUGAAUACUUUCCCAGAGGCAGCAGCUACUGGGACCGCUGCAUGGUUGGAGGCUACCUCUCCCCAAAGUCAGUCCUGGAGGUUUUUGAUAAGCUAGUGGCUGGUUCCAUAAAUUGGCCUGCUAUAGGGAGCAUCCUAGACUAUAUCAUCCGUCCUGUAGUUCCCUCAGAAACGCUAACGCUCGAGGUCCAGUACGAGACAGACCGCAAGUUGUACGUGGACUUCCUGCCUCUGCUUGUGAUGGACGACGGAACGUCGUUGAUUGCCAAACCUCACCGACUAGCUGCUGAGCGCCAUGAAAAUCUGUGGCGACAGAGCUUCCGCGUGGCAGAGACGGCACGGCUUAGGGCACUGGACCAGGAGGAUGGGGGCUGCCGCUGCACUUGCCUGAAAGUGGCCAAGGCUGUGUGCAAGCUCAACCCAGCCUUGAACCGGCUCAAUGCCAGCCAGCUCACCAAUGCUAUCUUGCUGCUUAGUGAAAAGGAAGGUGACUGGACCCAGGAGGCACUGGCUGACCGCUUCCUCCAACUGCUGCGAGCGCUAGUGGGACACCUAGAGGCUGGGAGACUUCCUUGUGCCCUCAGCCCCAAAGUGAACCUUUUCUGUGAGCUGACGGAACAGGAAGUGGAUGAGCUGGGGUACACCCUCUACUGCGCCCUCUCAGAUCCUGAAGGGCUGCUUAGAACUGCCGUUGCAGAGCAAACCCAAACCUAAGAGAGCCUAGUUGUAAGAAUUCACGACAGGUUCCGUAGUCUUCAUGUGACAAGCCUCCAUACUGCAGAGAGAAUUCAAGUAGCCACAUAAAAACCAUCACUAAAUAGCCACUGUGGGUGCAGUCAGUGUCAUUAUCAUGUCAAGGUGAGGGUCCAGGAAGAUGGCGUCUUCAUUGAAAUGUUUUUUGUCCACUGGAUCAACAAGUUAAACUUUUAAUUUUUCUAUUCUAUUUACAUGUUUGCUAGGAAGUGUAACACACACAGUCGCUUUGUGGAAGGUGGGGGAAAAAAAUCAGCCUUGACAUGCAAAACGCACUAGAUCUGAUCAUUCAAAUUUUACUAUACCCAUAGAUAAAAUCGAAGACCCAUUACUCAUUAUGGUUCUUACAAAAGUCAAUAUGGAAAUGCAUUUGGCAUACUGCUUCUCAGUCAAAGCCCUAAUGCUGUGGACUAGAUGAAUGCUGCAUUGAUUAAUGAUAUGGAGUUUAAACAAAGAUGCCAACUUAUUUAUGAAUGGAAAUGGGAAUCUAUGCAUAAAAUCCUAGGCUUACUACUUUGAGCAUUUCAGCUGGGCCGACUCUUCUCAUGCAGUAUAAUGGUGUCGUCAUUAUGGUCUUCACCCCAUAUGGAGAUGGAAUGUUUCUUUUGUAGAGUGCUAAUUUCUACUGUGUGAAAGCACAGAAUGUACUGCUGACUGUGUGUGUAUGGCAACCAAAAAGCAAAUAAAUUGUUGAUCAGCUUGCUUGAAGGACUUGAUAUUCUUGAGUUGAAGUGACGGCAGUGCUUAAUACGCUUUAAUUUGGAUCAUCUUAUUUAUAUAAAAGCACGGUGUUAUUCCAUUGUUGACGAAGACUCUUCAUAAUGGGCCAUUCAGUACUGUCAAACCUGAUUUCUUAAAAGGUCAAAAGUUGCAUAAGGAUGAGCAUUGUGUUGAUGAGCACUGUAUGUUUUCCCAGGACGUUAGAACAAAAAAAUAACAAUAUUCCUUGCAUGUGUCGGCUGCUAACGUAGACAUCAGAUGGGUGAUUCUAUGCUGCAGUUUUGUGUUAUCCUUUUGGGCCACUUGUCCAUAAAUUGGACAUGAAUUUGACAAACAUAGUGUCUUGGUGCCAUUUGUAGUGAUCAGAGGUAUGUUGCUGAUGUCUUGCUGAUUAAUGUUGUAUACAAUACAGCCGUGACAUGAGUUUUUCAUAGACUGACAGUUGCUAUGAACUGUUUGACUCAUCAGGUGUUACGCUGCGAAUCAGUCCAGUGCGGAGAAAACAAUUUCUUCUGUCUCACAUUUGUUGUUUUUGGCAUGCUGUGUCAGAUAUGUUUUCAAAGAGUUAAUUUAUUACCUAACCUGUGUCACCUACCAAGAAAAUGUCAAAAUACUGUGAUAUGCUUUAGCCAUUCAACAAAGGCUGAUCAGUGUUUGAGUCCCUAGAGUUGCAUUCAUCUCACUUUAGUUGGUACUUAUGAUCAGAUAUCAAAGUCAGUAUGCCAUCUCGCCAUGAGAUGGACAAAAUUAGAAUAUGAUCAUUAAUUUAGUCUGGAUCCCAAAUCAGAAAAUCAAUUUUUAGCUUUUAAAUUUGUCCUCGUGAACUAAUUGGGGGUGCAGUGGUUAGCAUGGUCGCCUCACAGCAAGAAGGUCCUAGGUUCGAGCCCCGGGGUAGUCCAACCUAGAGGGUCGUCCUGGGUCGUCCUCUGUGUGGAGUUUGCAUGUUCUCCCCGUGUCUGCGUGGGUUUCCUCCGGGUACCCCAGUUUCCUCCCACAGGGUCAGGUCAGGUGAAUCGGCCGUACUAAGAAAUUGUCCCUGGGUGUGAAUGUGUGUGUGUCGGCCCUGUGACGGCCUGGCAACGUGUCCAGGGUGUCUCCCCGCCUGCUGCCCAAUGACUGCUGGGAUGGCUCCAGCAUCCCACGACCCUGAGAGCAGGAUAAGCGGUUUGGAUAAUGGAUGGAUGGAUGGAUGGAUGGAUGAACUAAUUGGAUUCCCAACCAUAUUCCUCACCAACUUCUUGUGCAGACUGUUUGGCUUUACUGGCUGGGGAUGGGUUAAGUUACCAGUUGCGAGACUAAAUUUGGCCAUAAAAAAAAACAAACAUGGUUUUUCUGUUACUUUUCUACCUGCAUUAUUUAUCAAAAUUUCAUUACUGUUCUUUUGUCGUAAACAGUGGCUGGUACUCUUUUCUUCUUUGUCUCAAGGCUCAAUAGUCUUAGCAUCACCUCAGUCAGCUUGUGGCCGAUUGCUGCGGUGAUUUUUGUACAAGUGCGUGGCAUGCCAGGGCCGUGUGUGUGUGUCUGUGUGUUUGUGCAUUUCAAAGCCAGCCAAUGGUCAGCGCUGGUUAAUCUGGAGGUACUAAUCUGGCCCAGCCUGUAUUGGUAGAUGGUAGCCAGACAGGAAUUAGAGUAGAACGAGGUCGGGUUACAGAGGUCAGCGAGACAGUCUGUCCACACUGGCCCUAAACAUUAACUAUGCUAGACCAAUACAAUACACGUCACAGAUUAAUCUUAAACCUGUGAUCUGUCACAAUGAUCAGGACUAGCUGGCUGUCGGGUCUUUUCGGAAAUUAGCAGUGCUGAUCCUUUUUUUUUUUGGUUAUCAUGCUUUAAAUCAUUAUUAGAUGGAGAGAUAUCAGGUCUGUUCUCUCCACAUCUUGGACAGAAAUGUCUCCUGGGUUUUCUGUUGGCACUAUUACAGUGAUAGAACAGCUGACCCAGACGCCACAGUUUAACUGGACAGGGUCAGGUCUUUCCGUAUUUCCCAGUGUCGGGCCAUUUACUCUCAACAGUCACUGCGUUUGUUGAGAUAUGGCCGAGAGUGAAUUUAGUGCUAGCUGCUGCAGUAAAGAAGCUCUCAGUAGUCCUCAUGUAAUAAACCCUCUCCAGAAUAGCCACUUGGAGCCCUCAUUGUCUUUCCAAGUUGCAAUAGCCUUAGAGUUGGAACAAACGAUAUGGAGCAGACCCAUUUUAUUUUGGUCCAAGUCAUUUCACUGUAAAUUAUGGCGGGGUCGGAGGUGUUCUCGGUUCCGUAGUGCAUUAUAAAGCAGCUGAAUACCUUUUCAAAUAUAUACGGAGAAACAAGUUAGUAUUUUUGUAUUUAUUGUACAUUUGUAACAAAAAAACUAUGUUUGCAAAGAUACAUGUUAAAUCCCUCUUGGUAUGUUUAAGUGCUUUGUUGCAGAGGUACUGGUAUUUUGAUGCGUCUCAAUCUGCAGUAGGUCUUAAGAGCUAGCAGGAUGUUUCUGUGCACAUUUAAGUCUUACUUCGCUCACAGACUUUACUUAUGCUACCUUUUUGUGUUCUGUAGUAACAGGGUGUCGCUGUGCCACAUUUAUUACGUCAAGAAAAGAAAAACCCAAAGUAGAUCACUACCUCUACCUUGUGGAGUUAAGCUUAGCCUUGUGCUCAUUUGCAUGCUGUGUAUGUUUUGUUUUUUGUUUUUGAAAUAUUUUAGGGAAUUUUUCUUCUGUUGAAGAUCAGUUCUGAAAUUUAAUGGUAUACACACACAGCACUUUGUAUACUCAAUAAAUAUUACAUCUGCCAUUCUCUGUAGUCAUUUGAUU